CCUACAGCCUCUGCUGCAUCCGCCACUGCCUACCGCCCGCGAGCGGGAGCCGGAGCCCGAGCGACGCCGGGCAGACGUGGGGCUCCUGGGCGGUGGCGGGCGAUGCUCCAGCGGCCUGAGCAGCCAUGGAGGCCGAGGCGGGCGGCCUGGAGGAGCUGACGGAUGAGGAGAUGGCGGCGCUGGGCAAGGAGGAGCUGGUGCGGCGCCUGCGGCGGGAGGAGGCUGCGCGCCUGGCGGCGCUGGUGCAACGCGGCCGGCUGAUGCAGGAGGUGAAUCGGCAGCUGCAGGGCCACCUGGGCGAGAUCCGCGAGCUCAAACAGCUCAAUAGGCGCCUCCAGGCUGAGAACCGCGAGCUGCGCGACCUCUGCUGCUUUCUGGACUCGGAGCGCCAGCGCGGGCGGCGCGCCGCGCGCCAGUGGCAGCUCUUCGGGACCCAGGCGUCCCGGGCGGUGCGCGAGGACCUGGGCGGCUGCUGGCAGAAGCUGGCGGAGCUGGAGAGCCGCCAGGAGGAGCUGCUGCGGGAGAACCUGGCACUUAAGGAGCUGUGCCUAGCGCUGGGCGAGGAAUGGGGCCCCCGGGGCGGCUCCGGUGGCGCUGGGGGCUCCGGCGCCGGACCGACCCCCGAGCUCGCCCUGCCCCCCUGUGGGCCCCGCGACCUGGGAGACGGAAGCUCCAGCACCGGCAGCGUAGGCAGCCCCGAUCAGUUGCCGCUAGCCUGCUCCCCUGAUGACUGAGGGCGCUGUUUCCUGGGCACCGGCACCCACCUGGAUUGCGCCUUGAGCUCCAGGAUUGCGGUGGACCUCGGGACCCGGGCGCCGUCCCGGCUUCGCCCGAGGAGCAGCCGGCAUGGACUGAGAAACCUUGACUUCGAAAAGAGCCCCUUACCUUUGCCUGUAUGGUGGAGGCUGGAGCAGAGGGGUUUCCUGGGCUGGGUGGGGGCAA